UGCCCUGCGGACCGCUUGCUUCUUCAGCGGGUACAUGACUGUGUGCGUCCCCCUAUCACGCGCAAGCAGGUCUGCGGAUCGCGUCCCUUCCUCCCUCUGCGCGCAGGAUGGACCCGAAGAUAACCGAAUCGGACCCUCCAUCAUAUCGCAACGGAAUCACCAAGGUUCUGCAGUACGGGGAAUUCACGGCCACGGGCAACCGAAAGGUGAGGUACGCGGUGAGUUUAACCGAGAGGGACCUCACCAUUCAGAAGAUCACGUCGACACCUGCGGGACGGAGCAAGGUGGUUUUCAACUUGAGGGACUGUGUCGGCUGCCGGGCUUUCAGCGCAGAUGACAACGCGGAUGCGGGAGCGUACUUCUCUGUCUAUUUCUACCCUUUUAAAAGACGAUGGAUGAGCUCUGGGGUGGCCAGGCAACGGGUCGAGCAGUGCUUUCGGGUGGCCCUGUUCCAGGACCCACGCACCAACCUGGAGGAGGCAGAGAAAUGGGCUGGCACCAUCCGGGAGAACUCUGUUCGUCAGCAACAUUUGAGAAAUCAUGUGCUUUACAGUGAGGUGCACCGUCCCUGCAGCGUCAUGCUACUGGUGAACCCCCACAGUGGGAAGGGCCAGGCCCUCAGCCUCUUCACCGGACACGUCCAACGCAUGCUUAACGAGGCCGGGGUCCCACACACACUGGUCAUCACUGAGCGGCAGAACCAUGCCAGGGAGUUGGUGAGAGAGGCUGACCUGUCACAGUGGGGUGCUCUAGUCAUCAUGUCCGGGGACGGACUGCUGUUUGAGGUUGUGAAUGGCCUGAUGGAGAGAGAGGACUGGGAGGAGGCCAUCCAGACCCCACUGGGCAUCCUACCAGGGGGCUCCGGUAACGCCCUGGCUGCCUCCAUACACCACUACUCUGGGGCCCAGCCGGUGUCAAGCGAGGAGCUGCUGGUCAGCUGUGGCUUCCUGCUGUGUAAGGGCCUGGUGUCUCGCAUGGACCUGGCGUCCGUCCACCUGGGCUCCAGCCCCUCCAACCCCACGCGCCUCUUCUCCUUCCUCUCGCUGGCCUGGGGCUUCGUGGCUGACGUGGAUGUUGAGAGCGAGAAGUACCGCCACGUGGGCGCCGCCCGCUUCACCAUGGGCACAUUGGUCAGGUUGGCAUCGUUGAGGGUGUAUAAGGGCCGUCUGGCAUACCUGCCGGUUGACGAGGUGGAUGGAGAGGAGGAGGAUGGGCAAUCGCCAGUCUCGUUGGAGAUGACAAGCAUGUCACCUCAACACCAACCGCCAUCGUCUGCAUUCUGCUCCUCCACCCUCCUCUGCCAACCUUUGAAGGACUCGCCGUGCCAAAACGCAGCCCACCACACCUUCCACAACUCCCGUAACUCAAACAACGCCUUCAAGGCGAAGAAGAGGGAACCCAUGUCCGCAAAUGCCACCCUAACAGGCCCGCCAGACUCUCUCCUGGUACCCCUGGACCAGCCGGUGCCCAGCGACUGGGUGAUCGUGCCCGAGGAGGACUUUGUCCUCAUGCUGGCCAUGUACCAGUCUCACCUGGCAAAGGACCUGUAUGCCGCGCCCGACUCUACACUUGAUGACGGCCUCAUCCACCUGAUAUACGUCCGAGCAGGCAUAUCACGCACGGCCCUGCUCCGGCUCUUCCUGGCCAUGGAGAAGGGCACCCACCUGGCCAACAACUGCCCCCACCUGGUGUACACCCGGGUGCGGGCGCUGCGGCUGGAGCCCUACUCGUCAAAAGGGGUGAUCACGGUGGAUGGGGAGGUGGUGGAGUAUGGGCCGGUCCAGGCCCAGGUACACGGCGGGAUAGCCAGGCUCAUCACUAGAUUAUAAACAAGAUCCACUGGAUGGAUAGCUAGCGUUAGCAUGAUAUGCUACACUAAAAGCAUUUUCUGGACAAUGCUAUGCUAACAAUUAGCAUUAGCAUUUUCUGCUCACAUCUAAAGGGAAGGUGGGAUUAAUGGACUUUUUAGUCUUCUCUGAAUUUCUGCUUUGAAUUGGAAGUGCCACAAAGGAGUAACAAGCCUAGAACACAAAAAGUUCACAAUGGGUACGUUUUAUUCUCACCCCAAUGCAAAUCCCACCACCAUACCCACCCACACAUACAAACAUUCUCCUUACCAGGGGUACAUAUGAUGUAGUGUCAGUCACCGACCCUGUCCCUCACAGACCCUGGUCAUGCUUUAUGUCUAUGGGAGGGCAUUGCAACUUCAAUUUUCUUUGUUAUGCAACGAAUGGGGUAUGGAUAGAUGCCUUCACUGCUCUCUUCCGCUGUGACGUGGAAAUACGGAAGAUACAUACAAUCUCCGGGAGCCAGCAUUGACAUUAUUAGGAACCAAUUCAUUUGAACUCAAGUAAUAAGGGGAGUUGCGCCGAUGCCGAAAUCUACCCUCAACCGUUGAUGCUCAAUUACCACAGUUGUUUUUGAUUACCUUGAAGCUUGAAUCUUGAGGGUCAGUAGUUUAUCCUAAGGCCUAGACCCUGACCCUGGACUACUCCAUGACCGGUUUUUACAUUUGAAAAGAUUGGAGUUUAUUUUGGAUCAGGCAUUGUUGUGAUGAGCUGAAAACACACCGUACUUCCAUGACUUCUUCAACCAGCCAUCUUACAUUGACAUGCAAACAAGUAUACUAAAGGAGACGUAUCUUCACGGAAUUUGAUAUGUGCUUGUUUUAUACCUCACAUUUCCAUGAACCGCUAGCUUUAAAAUGGCCUAGAGUGAGAGUCUAUUUAUUGUGCUGUGGCCUGUCCUGCAAUGGACGGCAUGCAGCACAGGUCCAGGUUACGUGACUGAUGACUUGUAGUGCCUGUAUCAGGUCUCCAACUGCAGUCUUUCCCCAUACCCCUCCCCCAUCCAUCCAUCCCCUCCUCCCUUUCUCGACACUGCAGUGCACCACAGGGCAGUCUGUCGCUUUUGUCUACCUGCAGCUACAGCUGACACCAACAGUACGCUACACACACACACACACACACACGGUACAGACCCCUUCCCCUUCUCAGCAAUCAUCACCUUUAUCAUAAAGCUUUGAAACACACACAGAAGAUGAACUAUGAAAUGAUGACAAGAGCCACCUAAGGCUAAUGUGAUGCUAAUACAGUAGCUAGCCUGAGUUGACACUCGUCAUAGCCCUCUUCUGGACUGAUUCUGAACUCUCGGGAACGAGGGUGAUUAUUGUGCCUUAAAACACAAAAGGAAGAGAGGUGGCGCUUGAUUAAACAGCACAUUGGUCAGGGGAUGGAAAAGAGGGAGGGAUGAGGGAGAGUGUUGACUUGUUAAAUGCUGCCUGAGGGACCAGCAUUGUGUGGGGUGCAUCCCAAAUGGCACCCUAUUCUCUAUAAAGUGCACUACUUUUGAACAGGGCCCAUAUGGACACAGACAUGGUCUUGGCACAUAGCCCUUCUCCACAGAUAAACAUGAUGCUCAUUCUCCACAGCAGUGUAACAUAAGGUUCUGACUUACACUGUGAAUGUUCCUCUUGUUCACCUUAGGGGAUGAUAAGAGGUCAUGGAACUGGGGGAUACCCUGAAUGUUAUUGGGCCUCGGUUUAUAUUUUUUGGAGCCACGAAGUGCCCCUGAUAUGACUGAGUCCACAUUUGAGCCACAAGAUUUUCCCAAAAUGCAAAAAUGUCCAUUUCAUGUGAUAUUGUGCAAUGACUGUGUUUUUGUUGUAAACCUGUCGUCAGGCAAGACUAAAUAAUUAUAAAUGGGGGAAGACCAAAAUGACCUAUUUAAAGAAAUGACAAAUGUGAUUUUAGCUGCGCUACAUGCAAAAGAAAGCAUCUUGCAUUGAUGUUUAAAGUACAAAGAUUAACUAUGCUUUUAACACUUUCAGGGGCAUGAGCUCAUCUGGCGUUCCUCGCCCUACUGCUUGCUAUUUUAGAGCAGCUGCACAUGCCUUUCCGAUCCUUACCGUGGUCGCGUUCCCCUGCUCAGAAGAUAGGUUGACUGACAAAUUGCUAGUAUAGCAUUUGUGGUUAGCUGAUACAUAUCUAGGAGUUGUAAGCUUUGGCAGUCGUCGGCAACACCUGGGCAGAGGAACGUGCCCCAUAGCAUGCUAGGAAUCAAUGAGUCAUGAAGCAUUAUGAUGGGGAAAUGGAGGUGAGAAUAUCAAAACGCACAUGAAAGUCUCUUAUUUCAGUUCCUCCAUGAGAUCAAUUGUUGUUCAGACUCCAUUGAUUGUGACAGGAAUAUUCUGCUUCGCUCGGGCUUGAAACAUGCUCCUAAAAAUCCAUUCCUUUAAGCUAGCUUGGGCCAUGAGAUGUUCCUGACCACUUCACUAGAAAACUCUGGGCCUUACUCAUAGUCUAUGCAAAGUCUGCCUGCCUUGCUGGUGAUGCAGUCCCUGGCGCUUUCUCAAUUAUUACCCUCUUCAUUUUCUCUGCUUGUUUGCACUGAUUAGAAAAUAUUUGGCAGGUGAAAAUCAUCAGUAGGCUGGCAGCUCAUCAGUAGGCUGGCAGGCUUUCACCUGCUCAGUUCUUUCAGAUCAGAGCAAUGCAGGAAAGGAAACAAGGACAGAUUUUAGACAAUUGAGAAAGAGCCCCUGAAACUGUUUGGUGUGCCUUGAACAUGUUGCUCCUUAGUUGUGAGAAGAGGGGUGUGUACUGUUAUGACGCUUAGAAGACUUGGCAUACAACCCUGACACCGGUCCUAUUCAUCUUCAAUAUUUAAUUUAUGAGGAAACGGACCUACUCCAGUAACCCAGUUCCAGUUGAAUGAGCGCUUGCUUAAGAACGGAAAAGGAGGUUUGAUGAAGCUUAAUGUCCCAGUUUGUGAAAACUCAGGCCCAGACCCUAAUUUACUCCAUUGUUGACACUUGAAGGUGUGUAGCUGAAGAACUUCAGUCUGGUACUUUCCCAAAGAGCUUGGUCUUACUGCUGCUGCUUGACUGUUGUCUUAUUGACGGUGUAUUUGGUGAUGGGAAAGUAACUGUUCUUUUUACAAAUCUUGAUUGAUAUUCUUUGAGUUGAAUACAGAGCUCUAUUUUUCCACUUGGCAAAAUGUUGAAUCGAAUAAAGUGAAAACCAAAACA